ACAACUGUAGCAAGCAAAUCUAGAAAAGAAGGCUGAUAGUAUUCUUUCUACUGCAAGUUCUCUGAAGUCUUGUGAAGUUCAGUUCGUGUCUUGGAGUCAUUAUGUGGGGGACAUUCCUCUUGAUAUAAAGUCGCUUUCUCAUCCUAGUUUGGAGAAGUCAUUACUGUUCCCCGGUUGUAUUUUUCCUCAUAUGCUCCUCUUUGGACUAAGACAGAAACAGAUAACAAACAAAUCAAAGAUAUAAAAGGUACCACCAUCUCAAAAUAUUGUACUUUAGUAUUAGAAAAAGAAUAUAUAUUCUAUACUCUCAUUCUCUGGCCAUUGAUCAAGUCUUUUCCCAAUAUUAUAUGGUCGAAUAUUCGAAGGAACAGAGUCAUGAGAUGUGCAGCCAGCCACUGGUUUAUGAUAGUGCAGAGAAAACUCUCUGAUAAAAGUUUCUCCAGACUAAAACUUUGUGUCCUCUCUUUUUCCAAGAAGAUCCACAUUGUUCUCACAGGGCUAUGGAGGAAGAAGCAGCCAGUAAUAAUCAGAUACUAGAUGAGAAAAUCUACGUUGCAGUUGGGAUAAACGUAUGGAAGAACAUAUCAAACCUCUUGUGGGCAUUAAAAAACUCCCAAGGAAACAAAAUCUGCAUCCUUCAUAUUCACCACCCUUCUCCAACCAUUCCUCUCUUGGGAACAAGAUUUGAAGCUUCAACUGUAGAUGAGGAAUCACUGAGAGCAUACAGAGAAAAAGAAAAGGCGAAAAUAGAUAAGAUUCUACAAAAGUACCUUAGCAUUUGUCUUUAUAAAGGGGUUCAGGCAGAGAAGCUGUGUAUAGAGAUGGACUCAAUUGGGAAAGGGAUUGUGGAAACCAUAUACCAACAUAGGAUCAGGAAGUUUGUUAUGGGAGCUGCUGCUGAUAAACACUAUUCCAUGUAUCAAAGAUUAGAUAUCAGACAUGGCCAUCUUUUUUUUAUUCUUACAGCAAGUUUUGUUAACUGUUUUGCUAGGAAAAUGGAGGAUCUCAAGUCCAAGAAAGCCAACUUUGUUUGUCAACAAGCGCCUGCUACUUGUCAGAUACACUUCACUUGCAAAGGAAACCUUAUCCAUACAAGGGAAGCUAGAGUGGAUGAAGUUAGAGCUCUCUCUGUUCUCUUGUCUGAGUUUCAGCGGCUUGUGUUGCCACAACUAAGCUCUGGUUCACUUGAAGAGGCAGCAAGUUUGAAUGGACAAAGUAACAGAUCAUCCAUGGAUAUCAUCAGCUCUGAUACAUUGUCAAACACUGGAAGAGCUGAGGUAACAAUAAGCCAAGAUCAAGAGGAACCGGAUGACUCCUCUUCUCAAAUUUUCCCGUGCAGGGGAAUGCGACUAGACGUGAUAAGCUUCCUCAUCAAAUCCGCCAUGCUAUGGCAGAAGCUGACAAUCCAAAACCAUGAUCAUUCUGAGUGAUGCUCACCAAGAGGAAGAGGAUAGAAAGAGAGAGAGAAAAUGAACUGAAACAGUUGAAUAUACAACAAUGUAUGUAUCAACAAGAAGAGAGAAAAAAAAAACAAUUUAUUAGAGGUAGCUGUAAUGGCUUGUGAGUUGUGUGAUGCUUACAAAAUGGAACCUCUUAAUUUUUCAUUCCUAUGUCAAUUUGUUUUUUGAAAAUGCAUAUGAUUUAAUGUUA